CAAUUAUCCCGGUUGCCGGGAGAAUAGACAUUGUGUACGCUUAUAAUUCACGCUUUGAAGAGCUGCUACUGGAUGGAGAACCAACCCUUAUCACCAUCGCGGCAUUUUGCCCUCCGUACGGCUGAAGAAGCAUUUGCGAACGAAAUGAUGUACCGCGUCACAACCUCCAACGGAAGAAAAAACGAGCUGUGUAGUGCAUCGCGAUGGUGAAAAGAAGAAAUUCAGGAGUCUUCGAGAACCACUGUUCUCUGCUGGAAGCAGUUUCGUGAUAGUAACUACCAUCGGUGUUUAUCGUUAGUGCGUGUGAUGGAAAGUCCGAUAAAGUCUGCUCAAUUAAGGGCUGCCGUGGUGCCAUCGAUCUUCGUUAAUGAACAGAAUGCAUCGGAGGCACCGAAAGCACAUUUGUUGAAGAGGCCAAAAGAUCAGAUUCUUGGAUGGUUGUUUUCUGGAGGCACAACUAUCCUAUACACGUCAAAACCAAAUUAUAGUAGCGAAAGAGAUCAGGACGACUUUGUAGCAGAGGAAGUUCUUAAAGUAGCACCAGGUCUGGCUUGUGAUUUGGGACAAGCUGUCGAAACAUCACCAGAGCCAGCGUGUGAAACAAACGAUGGUACAGAGAAAUCGGUUCAAGUGCAGCUACUUAUGCACCAUGAAGGAUCCCAAACGGACGAAAAGAUAAUUCUAUCGUCAACUGCUAUGCAAACAGAACCAUACACUUGUUCUUCAGGCUUCCUGUCUUGUGUCUCCUUGGAACGGUCUUCUUCACUGGCAUCUGUACGAAGCCGACUUCAUUCCUGCCAGCAGUGCACUUAUGUGACCGUGGACAAAUCAACUAUGAGCAGACACCUUCCGAAACACAUGGGCGAGCCCCCCUUCCAGUGCCACUUUUGUCCAGCAGCAUUCAUGUACAAGUCCAAGCUUGGGGCUCACUUGUGCACCCACACAGGAGAUCGGCCCUUCCCCUGCACCCUCUGCAGUGCAUCUUUUUCUAUAAAAAUGCGCCUCAAUGAGCACAUGCGCAUUCACACAGGAGAGAGGCCAUUUUCCUGUGCCCACUGCAAUGCUUCCUUUUCGAUGAAAGGCCACCUCACUGAGCACAUUCGCACUCACACAGGUGAGCGUCCAUUUUCCUGUGUCCACUGCAAUGCUUCAUUUGUACAUAACAGCUCCCUCAAAAGACACAUCCGCACACACACAGGAGAGCGCCCAUUUUUCUGUGUCCACUGCAAUGCUUCUUUUUCCUGGAGAAGUUCUCUCAUGAGGCACAUCCGCAAGCACACUGGAGAGCGUCCAUUUUCCUGUAUCCACUGCAAUGCUUCUUUUGUACAUAAAGAUUCCCUCAAUAGGCACAUCCGCAAGCACACUAGAGAGCGACCAUUUUCUUGUGUAUCUGUUGCAGUGAAUCUUUUGUAAAGAAAGACAGCCUCGCUCUACACAUGUAAAAACACACAGAAGAGCGUCCAUUUUCUUGCGUCCACUGCGAUGCAUCCUUUGUGUGGAAAAUCCAGCUUGUAAAACACAUCCGCAUGCACACUCGAUAGCUGCCCUAUUCCUGUCUCUUCUCUGACGCAUACUUUUUGGAAGAGAUCUUCUUGAGACACAUCUGCCUGCUCAGAAGAGUGGGUCCAUUUUCCUGUGUUUACUGCAAUGCAUUAUAUUCAGUGAAAUGCGGACUCAUUAGAGACAGGCAUUCUUAGGCAGGAAAGGGUCCCUUGGGUGUCCACAGCAAUGUAUUCUCUUUUCAAUAAAAGGCCACCUCAUUGGGCACAUGCACAUGAACAAAGAAGAGUGGCUCUUUUCUUAUAGACUCCGUGCUCUGAGACUGGUGCGCCGCCAGGCAGCCAUCAGAGAAGACAAACGUUGAGAGCCCGAGCAGACAAAACACUCCCCCAACGUUCGCUAGCACGAAGUUUAUCUGAAUCGUGAACUGCUGCAUAGUCGAUUGUAUCAACAGGUACAUGUCGUGUCCUCUGGGAAGGAAGUUUCAUAGUUUCUCGACUUGUCCCUGCUUUAUUGGGCAGCAAAAUAAGUGGAUCACGGCUGUGGAACACAUAAAAAGUGUCUAGUUCCCAUUCCCUCUGCCGUCUCGCGUUCCGCCAAUGCGUGCUUUAAUUGGUCUGAGACACCUUCUGCAGGUGCGAUGAUCUUGCGUGACGUUCCUGCUGUCAUAGAGCUGGUGAGAAAAGAAAUACUUUCAAAAAAUUUUACUUCAGAUCAAGGCUGAUGUGACGUUUUAAUAGACCUUAAUAAUUACUACCUCGCCGUAUAUCGUUUGCAGUUUUGAGGAAUGCAAUGCGAGGUCAAUUAGUGCUUUCCUGAGUUGAUGGGUCAAUCAGUGAAAGGGCAAACUGAGUUACAUAGCAUUUUACUGUAAGCACAAGUAGCCACCCAGCAGCAUAUGCGCACUCGGUAGGAUCAAGCUAGGAUGUCAGUUAA